UGUUUCUAUUUUGCUUAAUAUGUAUGGGUUUUUUUGUCAGUGUCACUUGUGUAGGUUCUCUGCUGUUCGCUUGCGUUCCUUUGGUGGUGAGAGAUGUUGGGGUUGGCCUAGGAUAUGGUUGUUCAUUUGGGGUUGGCUGUGGUGGUCUUUGUUUCGUGUGUGAGUGGGGUGGGUAGGUGUUUUGGGUCAGGUUAGCCAUAUUGAUUCGUAUGCUGUUGGUGGAUUUUUGUUGUUGUCUUGUUGGGCUGUGUAUGUGAUAAAGGGGAACCAUACUGGGGUGAAGCCGUCUUCUUCUAUUUGUCCCCGUGUCAGUUUCAGCUAAUUGGUUAAUUUUUCUAGUAAGGCUGUUUCCCUUACUAUUUGGUACCAUUGGUCCAUGUUUACUCCUGACAGGUCUCUCCAGUGUCUGGUUAUGGUGUUUCUGGUUGCUGAGAGUAAGUGGGUUAUGAGUUCUUUGUGAUGUAGGUGGGCCUUAUUGUCUUGGAAGAUGUUUAGCAAGGCCAGUUCUGGGGUGAUUUCUAAUACUUGUUUGGUUAUUUUACAUAUAUCUCGUAUGGUUGUUGUCCAGAAUAGUUGGAUUUUGGAGCACUCCCACCACAUGUGGAAAUAUGUGCCUGUUGAGGUGCACCCUCUCCAGCAUUUUGGUGAGGUUCCUGGGCGUAUUAGCACUAGUUUUCUUGGUGUUAGGUACCACCUGUAGGUGAGUUUCAGAGUGAGUUCUUUCCUUUUUGUUGAUAUAGAUUUAAAGGGGGGUUUAGACCACAUUUUGGUCCACUGAGUGGGGCUAAUCUCGUAGCGUAUGUCAUCUUCCCAUUGUCUUUUGACUGUGUCUAGGGGAUUUGUGGAAUUUUGGAGUAGUAUUUUAUAUAUUGCAGAUACCAUCCCUUUGCCGUGUCCCUUUGUCGUUAGGAGGUUUUCAAAGGUUGUCAGAGGCCUAGUUGCUGCUGAUUUUACCGCUGGGUUGCUUAGGAGGGCGUGUAGUUGGUGUUGUGCUAACCAAGGUAUUUGGGUGUCUUCUAGUUUAUCCAGUAUUUCUUGUGUUGACAAAGCUUUGUUAUUUUUAUAAAGGUCUAUUAGGCGAUAUAAGCCUUUGGCUUGCCAGGUUUUUAUCUGGAGGUUUUGUGCUGCAUGGUGGAAUAAUGGGUGGUAAGCCAGGGGGGUUAGUGGGGAUGGGGUUGGGGAUAGUUUGCCCAUUUCUGUUUUCCAUGCUUUGAACAUGGUUUGUGUGUACCUAUUAAGUGUUGUGGGGAUUUUCUUUUGUUUGGGAGGAAUGGGUAUGCUGUGGUGCAGAUAUUUUCAAUUGAGUCCCUCUGUAGGUUUAUCCAUUGUUUUGUCUCAUCUUCCAGUAUGUAUGGGAUUAUAUGUCGUAUUUGAUUGGCUCUGUAAUACAUUUCUAUGUUGGGGAUUCCCCAUCCUCCUUGUGAGGUGGGGCUAUGCAGAUAUUUGGUGCUUAUUCUUGGUUUUUUAUGUGAGAAGAUGAAAGAGUGUAGUUUUCUCUGCCAUCUGCGAAGUUGGGUUGGGAGAAUCCAGAUUGGGAGGGUUUGGAAUAGGUAGGUUAGUUUUGGGAGGGUGGUCGUUUUGAUCAUGGCCAUUUUGUCUGAGAGAGUGAAAUUCAUAUUGUUCCAUCUCUUUAGGUCUUUGUUUAUUUGUCGCCAUAGGGUAUAAUUUGUUGAGGUUUUUGGUUAUUUGUAACCCUAGGUAUCUGAACUUGGUGUGACAGAGUUUUAUCUUGGUGAUAUUAGUGGGUUCUUUCUGGGUGUGAGGAGAGGUGUUGAAGCACAUGGCUUCUGAUUUUGUAAAGUUUACUUGUAGGCCUGACACUGUUGCAAAUGUGUUGAGUUCUCUGAUUAGGGAGGUUGCUGUGUUUAAGGGGUCUGGUGUUGUGACCAUUAAGUCAUCUGCAAAGAGUCCUAAUUUGUAUGUUCUCCCUUUUUUUAUUUCUACCUGAAACCAUUCUUAACCUGAGGUACCACUUUAGAUAAUGGGGCUUCCCACUGCUGCUGCCGCACGAUUUCUAUUCUCAUCCUGGGGCAAAGUUCUUAACCCGAGGUACUACAUCUGGGUUAGCGGAGUCUGUAAGCCGAAGUGUUUGUAACCCAAGGUACCACUGUACCCUAUUAAGUAUAGCCAAAUCUAUAACUUCAUUUGAAUUAAUAUUCUCAUGAGUAAACCAAAGUUGUUGUAUUGACUUCUGUAACAUUGUUAAUAUGGCCAUUUAUAUAUCUGAUCUACAUAUUGCAGAUUCCACAUUUCCCCUUAUUGCUGCUGGUUUCCCUAUAUAUUAUACUCAUGAGGAAAACAACUCCAAUCAAUCCACAAAGCGUGCAUUUAUCACAGAAGAUGGUGAAAAAUACUUGACUUGUCCAUGGCUGACACGCUUUGUUCCUUCAGUCCACACUGCUGUGGUUAUUUUGAGCCUUCCUUUAAACAUUAUGGCAAUUCUCAUGUUUGUGGUCAAAUUAAGGCUUAAGAAGCCAGCAGUGGUGUACAUGCUCAACCUGGCUUCUGCAGAUGUCCUCUUUGUGAGUGUGCUUCCUUUUAAAAUCGCCUACAACUUUUCUGGAAACAACUGGAUGUUUGGGCCUGAGAUGUGUCGAUUUGUCACUGCUGCCUUCUACUGCAACAUGUACUGCUCCGUCCUGCUGAUGAUGGUGAUAAGCAUUGACCGUUUCCUGGCCGUGGUGUACCCAAUCCAGUCCCUGUCCUGGCGCACAGCAAGACGGGCCUCGAUGGUCUGCUUUCUCAUCUGGCUUCUGGCUAUAGCUGGGGUGAUACCUCUGCUUGUCAAUGAGCAAACAAAGAGAUUAUCCCGGUUAAAUAUUACAACCUGUCGUGAUGCAGUAGAUAUCUCUGCUUUUAUGGAUAUAUUUCGGCAUUACUUUUCUGCAUUAUCUAUUUUGUUCUUUUUUAUACCGUUAUUAAUCUCCACCACCUGUUAUGUGUGCAUUAUAAGGAAACUUUCUUCGUCCAAUGUUGCUGCAGAGCCUAGUAAAAGGAGACGUGCCGUUCUCCUGUCUGUAGCUGUCUUGUCUUCUUUUAUUAUUUGUUUUGGUCCUACAAAUGUCCUAUUACUAGUGCACAGCUUGUACUUCUUACCUGAUCAACCCCUUGAAAGUCUGUAUUUUUCCUACAUCUUAGCGGUCUGCAUUGGUACCAUAAACUGCUGCAUUGAUCCCUUAAUUUAUUAUUAUGCCUCUUCAAAGUGUCAAAAGCAGGUGUGGGAUCUCCUGUGCUAUAAAAAGCAGUCUGGUCUCGAACAAAGCAGUCAGACAACAAGCAGUAAUGCCACAAAUCAUUUUAGUGGCCUGAAAAAUUUGUCUCAAGCAUAGAAUUUUACAGUGUGUGGUACAGUAUUCAUAAAUAUAGGUGUUGCAUGCCAAAGCAUGCAUAAUUUGUCCCAAGCAUAGCAUCUUACAUUAAAUAUGUUUGCAGUAUGUGCAGUAAUACUCAUUUGUAAACCUAGUGUUGCAUGCCACCUA